AUGGCUGACCGCUACAUCCCCGAGCAUCGCCGAACCAAUUUCAAGGCAAAGAGCACCUUCAAGCCUGAGGAGCUUCGCCGCCGCAGAGAGGAGCAACAGGUUGAGAUUCGCAAGGCAAAGCGAGAGGAGAACCUGGCCAAGCGACGAGGCAUUGGCACUGGCGAGAACAGACCCGGUGCUUCCCUUGGAGCUGCUCCCGAUAGCGAUGAUGAUACCGCCCCUACUGAGUCCCAACUUAAUGAGGACCUCCCCCAGAUGGUUCAAGGUGUCUUCUCCGACCAAAUCGACCUUCAGAUCCAAGCAACCACAAAGUUCCGAAAGUUGCUUUCCAAGGAACGCAACCCGCCCAUCGAGGAGGUCAUCAAGACUGGUGUCGUUAGCCGCUUCGUCGAGUUUUUGCGAUCCCCCCAUACCCUUGUCCAAUUUGAGGCUGCCUGGGCCCUGACCAACAUUGCCUCUGGCUCUGCCACGCAAACCCAGGUUGUCAUUGAAGCUGGCGCCGUUCCCAUUUUCGUUGAGCUCCUGGCCAGCCCCGAACCUGAUGUGCGGGAACAGGCUGUGUGGGCUCUAGGCAACAUUGCCGGCGACAGCCCUCACUGCCGUGAUUAUGUGCUUAGCUGUGGCGCCUUGAAGCCUCUCUUGGCCCUUCUCGGCGACAGCAGGAAGCUCAGCAUGCUGCGCAACGCUACCUGGACCCUCAGCAACUUCUGCCGAGGCAAGACCCCCCAGCCUGACUGGAAUACGAUUGCUCCCGCUCUCCCCGUCCUUUCCAAGCUUGUCUACUCGCUUGAUGAUGAGGUGCUUAUCGAUGCUUGCUGGGCCAUCUCAUACCUCUCAGAUGGGUCCAACGAUAAGAUCCAGGCCGUUAUCGAGGCAGGCAUCCCUCGUCGCCUUGUCGAACUGUUGAUGCACGCUUCUACGUCUGUCCAAACGCCCGCUCUUCGUUCUGUUGGUAACAUCGUUACUGGAGACGAUGUUCAGACCCAGGUCAUCAUCAACUGUGGUGCCCUGCCGUGCCUUCUUUCGCUUCUUAGCUCCAACAAGGAUGGCAUCCGCAAGGAGGCAUGCUGGACCAUUUCCAACAUUACGGCCGGCAACUCGGCCCAAAUCCAGUCGGUCAUUGAUGCCAACAUCAUCCCCCCCCUCAUUCAUCUUCUGUCCAACGGUGAUUUGAAGACUCGCAAAGAAGCGUGCUGGGCUAUCAGCAACGCGACAUCGGGUGGACUGCAAAAGCCGGAACAGAUCCGCUACCUCGUCGCACAGGGCUGCAUUAAGCCUCUGUGUGAUCUCCUGGCCUGCCCCGACAACAAGAUUAUCCAGGUCGCUUUGGAUGGACUGGAAAACAUCCUGAAGGUCGGCGACCUAGACAAGCAAGCUGCGGGAGAGGGUCCCGACUCUAUCAACCGCUACGCUCUGUUCAUUGAGGAGUGUGGUGGCAUGGAGAAGAUUCACGAGUGCCAGACCAACGCCAACGAGGAGAUCUACAUGAAGGCUUACAACAUCAUUGAGAAGUACUUCUCCGAUGAGGAGGAGAACGCGGACGAGGGCAUGGCCCAGGGCACCGGCCCCAACGGAACCUUUGGUUUCGGUGCUAACGCCGCUCCUCAGCAAGGUGGCUUCAGCUUUGCUAACGGCGGCGACUCCAUGGACAUGUAA